ACUUCAAGGCCACAAGCUUCUUCACGAUGAAUCUGUACGAGCUCAAGAAGCACGAACUUUACAAAUAUAAUCAGUGUAGGACAGAGCAGGGCCCGAUGGAUUCCGACUUGGCUGUCCUCGAAUCCGUUCGAAGGUAUCUUCUUGGCGAUUUCGAACCCACUGGGAGUACUUUUUACUCGGCAAUGGGUUUCGACAAUGCUAACGUGGUUUGUAGUGACGUUUGUCUUCACGAGACUUGGGGUACUGGUACUGGUUCAUUGCCGUUGAAAGCGGACAACGCCGACGUUUACGGUCCUCUGCCUGAUGCCGUGAACUUCGGAUGGGCUCCGAAGAAUGGAGUUGCAGUGACGGCGCAAAUUAUGGAGCAUUCGGAAGUGGCGGUUGCGCGGGAUUGUCAAGUGCCGCGUUUUAGGGGAGUGAGGAGGAGACCGUGGGGAAAAUAUGCCGCGGAGAUAAGGGACCCGAAGAAGAACGGCGUGAGGGUGUGGCUAGGGACAUACGAGAGUCCCGAGGACGCGGCGUUGGCUUAUGACCGGGCCGCCUUUAAGAUGCGCGGCUCCAAAGCUAAGCUCAACUUUCCACACUUGAUCGGUUCAGAUAACUGGGAGCCGAUCAGAGUGACCCCAAAACGCCGUUCGUUGGAACCUUCAUCGACAUCGUCGGAUACAGUCUCUCCGAAGCCCAAGCGAAGCAAGAUCAGAAGAGGUGGCUCGACGGCUCUAAUAUUAGAGGAUUCAAGUGAUCAGCUUAUAGAAAGUUCAUGCAGGAGCUCGUCGGUCGUUGAUGAUGAACUUGAAGAAUCAGUUACAUGGUCAUGGCCGUUGCCUUUAGAUCACUUGAAUAUAUAA